AUGGCUGUCACCGACUUUCUCUUCCUUCUCCUCACAGUCCCCUCUUCCCUCAUCCUCCUGGUGGAGGACGUGUCCUGCUCUCAUAUCUUGCCCCUGCUGUACCUGCGUUUCCUUUUCCAGCUCUCUUUGUUCUCCUGUUACUGGGUGACGCUCUGGCUGAUGACUUUCGGCCUUGCGAUAUAUAUCAAAAAGCUCUUGAAGCGCUGCUGCCGCCUUGACCUUCCUAAUGAUCUGCUUUGGGUGGGGAUGAUUGUCCAGUUUUGGGCUUUCUCUGCUCUCUUCACUGAGAUUCCCACACUGAUAUACCAGUGCCAAUCAAAUGAUCAGGAGCCCUGCCAGGCAGCCCUCAUCGCCGUGUGGGCCAUUAUCCUGCUGCUUCUUGUCGCACCCAUAACUGUGCUGGUCAUUUCCAGCACAAUUAAUUUAAUUAAAGCUAAGUGGGGCUCCGAGCAGAAGCAACGCGAGGGGCUCGACAUCGUUAUUGUCUCCAUUGGUCUCGUCACUCUCCUUUUCAUCCUCUGCAAUUUCCUGCAGCAGCUUGGUUACAUUGCUGUGCCCUCCCAUUUUCUUUUCCUGCUCACCUGCAUCAACUGCAGCAUCAAACCCUUCAUCUACUUCCUGGCAGGGAGGUGCUGGAGGUCCUGCUCUGUGGAGUCCCUCCGGCUCUCCCUCGAGAGGGUCUUUGACUAG